AUGAGUGAUUAGAAAAUUACAGAUAAAGGUGAGCAAGAUAUGAUAUAAAUUAUGAUUGAAUAUCCAGAAAAGAGCAAAAAUUACGUUAUAAAUUGCGAAUCCACUGUUGAAAUUCAAACAAUAAUAGAAAACCUCUCAAGCUUACUUGAAAUGCCUUAAGAAGCAAUAACUUUGGUUUAUGACCGGAUUAGGUUAAAUCCAAAUCAAUUACUUAACGAAUAUUGCUAAAUGAAUAAUUAGAGUGCUAUUGUCCUCACUUUAGAAAUUAAAAAAGAUGGUGGUUUUAGAAAUUUGUGA